CGGCUGUGGUGAAGAGGAUCGUGGAGCUCAUCGAGGAGCUUCCCGAUGACUCGUCACCCAGCGCCGUCCUCGCCCACUCCCUGGCUGCAGUGGGGAACCUCUGCACCAUGAAACCUGCCCUGGAGCCAGCCCUAGAGACCCACCUCUUGCGAGCUGCCCUUCACUCCGUCUUCACCCUGGGCACGGAGAAGGACACCACCGACAUCCAGGCUCUGCACAAAGUCAUCCCAGAGGUCCUGGAUGCCAUGCUGGGGAACCUGCUGGCAGAGUCCCCAGACACAGACAGGCUCCACUUCAUCUUGGAGCAUGUCAACCUCUGGGUCGUGUCCAGGGUGUCCCAGGAGCGAGCCAGGGCCAUCAGGAGCAGCACAGCCCUGCUGAGAUACACAGUCACCCUCCCUGAGUUUGACAUCUCAGCCAAGUUCCCUCGGAUGGGUCACCAUGUGGCCCAGCUGGCUCUAUUUGUCAGCGAGCCAGACAAGGACAUCAGCCGGCAGGCCAGGGAGGGGACUUACCGGCUCUACCAACUGCUGCUCCAACAGAGGGGGCUGACCAUACAUGACGCGGAAGAUCUCUGGUGCUAUGACUGGCACCAGGACAGCAGGCUCUUGGGAUACAAGAACACAGCCAGAGCUGCAGGUUGGAUUCCCCUUGAAGAAACCAAGAAGCUGCAGUGGCCAUAG